AUGUUCAAAUUCUUCAAAUCCGAUUUCUUCAACUUCGAAUUCCUCCGCGUUCUUGCUGUAGCUCCUUUCUACGGGGCCGAAACGGGAGAGUGUCUCGAAUCCAGAACAAAAAUCACAGAUGGCGAUCCAGAGAGUUGGUACCGUGCUUGGACAUUGCAAGCCGAGCGUGCUGUCAAGAUAGCCGAGGAGGCAUCCAAGCACGGUGAUCGUGUUGAAGCAUCAUGGGCAUUCAUUCGUGCCGCAAACUACUACCGGUCGAGCGAAUUCUUCCUACACUGCGACGCACAAGACCCCCGCAUUCUCGAUGCAAUUCAGAAAAGCUCCAAUGUGUUUGAAAGAGGCGUCAGACUACUGGAUGGCGAGCUGUAUACCUUUGAUAUUCCGUUUGAAGACAACAUUUCUCUUCCUGCUAGGUUGUUUCUCCCCCCUGCUCAUAAGAGAGUGACGGAUAAGCUACCGAUUUUGGUCCAAAAUGGCGGGUUUGAUUCGACACAAGAAGAAUUGUACUUUUACGGACCAGCGGGUGGACUCCCGCGCGGAUAUGCCGUCCUCACCUAUGACGGUCCAGGUCAAGGCAUUUCUCUGAGGCGAGACAAGACUCGCAUGGUCCCCGACUGGGAGAGAGUGACGGCAAAGGUGUUAGACUACCUAGAAUCCAAGCUGGCGGCCAAACACAACAUUGACAUGGAUCGAAUUGCCGUGAUGGGAGCAUCGCUCGGAGGAUACCUGGUGCUACGAGCAGCUGGCGAUCCGCGAGUGAAGGCAGCCAUCUCGAUAGAUGGAUGCUAUGAUCUCUUUGACGUGACCAAGAGCCGAAUGCCCAAUUGGUUCAUCGGUGGUUGGUUGAGCGGCUGGUUGAGCGACGGAUUCUUCAACUUUGUCGUCAAUCGUCUCACUGCAAGCAAUUUCCAGCUCCGAUGGGAGUUUGGUCACAGCAUGUGGCUUUACGGAGUGGAUAACCCUGCAGAUGUAAUGAGACAGAUGCAGCGUUUCACUCUGCGCCUUGAGGACGGCAAAGAAUACUUGGACAAGCUCAAAUGCGCGACUCUAGUCACUGGGGCUGCCGACACGUUUUACUUUGUCCCGGAUAUUAAUGCUGAACGAAUCUACGAGAAAUUGGGUCACCUUGACAGCGGUAAGAAGGAGCUCUGGGUUGGGAAGGGGGUGCAUGAGGGCGGUCUCCAAGCUAAGACUGCAUCGACUGCGCUCUCGCAUCAGAAGAUAUUUGCCUUUCUUGACACGCAAUUUGGUAUUAUUCGACCUUCAACAUCUUAG